AUGGAGACCGCUUCGAGCGUAGCCGCGACUCGUGGCGGUUCGCUACCGAAUCCGUCGCCGAACCCGUCAAGGAAAGAGUGGCGCGCCGUUCCGGAUUCACAUAACUUCGGCAACGCUACAGACUAUGUGGAUUUGCAACAGUUGAAGCUAAACCAGACAGAUGAGAGAACCAUAUACGAGAAUGGAAGAGAGCCUGGUGAUUUGGAUUUCUACUCCAUUACGAUGGAUGGUUCUUGUUCAGAUGGUGAACUGUUGGAGCAGAUUCGUAACGUUUCUAGACAGAAAGGGGAGCUACAGCAGCGGGAGAUUGAGCUCCGAGCUCAGAUGAUGGCAAUGGAAAUCCAGAGAAACUUUGAGUCUCGUUCCGCAGAGUAUGAAAAUGCUGCAGCUAGAAUGCAGGAGCAACUUCAUGAGAAGGAGAGAUCUAUUCGGGAGAUGGAGAGAAAGAUAGAAGAGAAAGACAGAGAGCUUCAUGCGAUUAAACUUGAUAACGAAGCGGCCUGGGCGAAAGAAGGUCUCCUAAGAGAACAAAACAAAGAACUUGCUACUCUCAGAAGGGAGCGUGAUCAUUCUGAUGCUGAGAGGUCCCAGAAUAUGCAUAAAUUAUCUGAACUUCAGGAGCAUAUUCAAGAGAAAGAGAGACAGUUCACUGAACUGCAGGAACAAAAUAGGAUUGCUCAGGAAACUAUCAUGUACAAGGAUGAGCAACUGAGAGAAGCGCAAGCUUGGAUUGCGCGUGCCCAAGAGAUGGAUGCUUUACAGUCAACUACAAAUCACUCGUUGCAGGCUGAAUUGCGAGAACGUACUGAGCAGUAUAACCAGCUCUGGCUUGGUUGCCAAAGACAGUUUGCGGAGAUGGAGAGGUUGCAUUUGCAUACAGUUCAACAGCUUCAGCUUCAGCUUGUCAAUGUAAAGGAAGGAGGUGGCUCUAAAACUAAUUCUAACGGUGCCUCCCAGAUUAAUCAGAGCAGCGGGAACCAAAUCGAGAACAAAGAAGUUGAUCAUGCGACGCAGGGGUACCUUCAAGCGGGUCAGAUGACCCCUCUGCAUUCUUUUGUCAUGCGUCAACAAGAAAUUCCUCAGCUUGUUCAGCCUCGGGGCCAUUCACCUCAUGUUGCACAAACAGUGCUGCUGCAGCAAAAGGCUAUACCAGAUAGCUCACAGAUGCCUAUGCAGAAUCAUGUGCAUCCAUCUCAAGGUGUUCAUGGCUUGACAAGUUCCGAUGCGAAGAAUGAAUAUCAGGUGCCUGCCAAUGGACAGUCCCUUGGUCAAGGGUAUCUGGAUGUUCAAACUAGCCAUGGAGCACAAUACGGAUCAACUACACCAUCAUCGUCUGUGAGUGAACAGAUAGUGGAAUCUGGGAAUGGAGACUUUCAAGACAUUUCUUCACAGUUCCGUGAUGCACUAAGGCUAGAUUCCAAUGCCCUGAAUCAGAAACCUGAGGAGUCUGAUGGUCAGGCUUCACCCGGUGAACAAAAUGGAAUUGGAUCCAUCGUGCGUGAAGCUCAAGUCUCAUCUGGAAAAGCUGAGAGGAACGUAGGGAGUGCUCUUCUUGAUGAAAAGUCACUUUUGGCUUGUAUCGUUCGCACUAUUCCAUCUGGUGGAAGAAUCAGAAUCAGUUCAACGCUUCCUAAUCGUUUGGGCAAAAUGCUAGCACCUCUGCACUGGCACGAUUACAAGAAAAAGUAUGGGAAGCUCGACGAUUUUGUUGGUAGCCAUGUCGAGAUCUUGAGCAAGCCACGACAGAGCUCUGAUUAUAUGGCGAAGCAGUAA